CAUGAAAACCACAUGAAACGAACUUCAAGUAUGUGUAAAAGACAUUGCGUUUUGGAUGCCAUGUAAAUUGUUUUAACUAAACAUUAGCCCUUAGAAACUUUAAGGAAGAGCAACACGUUUCUUCUGCCUGCGAUCUCUUUGAAUGCGCCUCGACAUGGCGCAUGCGCAGUACUUGACAUUUUGAAGUUGCUUCUCCGGGGUGUUUGAACAGGAAGGCGGACAUGUUGGUCAGGCUGUGGGAGAAAAUCGGGCAUCGUCUGCUGUUUUUUUUCGGAAACUAACGCAUAUCAAAACGUGAUUUCCACAUCUUCGAACUGAGAGCUAAAUCCGUUUUGGACGGGAAACAAUCGACGGCCAUUGACAAUGCACAGGAUGCAGCAGAAGCACGUACGCUAGACGUUUCAACGACACCGUGGUUAAACUGAUCGAAAUUUGGAAGAAGCAGAAGUUUUUUUUCCCACGACUUCUACUUUUGAGCUGUCAGAUUUGGUUUGUCGCUCUCUGCGAGCGCUUGGCACAGAUGUAAGAAAAGACUGGGACCAACCUUCAUACAAACUGUGCUUUCCACGUAGACAUUAAGUUUUAAUUGCCUUUUGUUCGAUGCACCAACGUUUUAGUUAAGCCCUUGUCCUUAGUGGCAUCCUGCGGAGACCGACUAAUCUGUCGCCCCAUUUAACGUUAUGUUUUACCACUGAAGUUGCCGCUUACACUGGGAACCAUCGUUCGACUCUGGAAAUGUGGCUUUUGUACAUUCAGCGCAACCUGAAACGUUUCAUCGUGUGUGAAAGCUUGAGGACGAUGCAUUUUCUGUGAAGAGCGAAGAAGUUCAAAGGAAGAAGAGAACAUUUGGCUAGCUAGCUAUCGCUGGAUGCUAACGCUAGCUAGCCAGCAUUUUGAUUCGCCAGUGAGCUGUAUUUGUUUAUAGCCCGACGUCAGGACUGAGUUUAACAGCGAGAAUGUCUGCCGGGGAAAGUAUGGAGGCUCGAUUUGAAAAAAUCGAUGCCAUGCUGAAGAACCCAAAGUCAGAAGUAAACACGGAUUGUCUUCUGGAUGGCUUGGAUGCAUUGGUGUACGACCUUGACUUUCCUGCCCUGAGGAAAAACAAGAGCAUUGACAACUUCUUGAAUAGAUACAAAGAAACAAUAAGUAAAAUACGUGACCUUCGAAUGAAAGCAGAGGACUAUGAAGUGGUUAAAGUUAUUGGAAGAGGUGCAUUUGGAGAAGUGCAGUUGGUAAGGCACAAAGGCACACGUAAAGUAUUUGCCAUGAAGCUGUUGAGUAAGUUUGAGAUGAUCAAGAGGUCGGACUCUGCUUUCUUCUGGGAGGAGAGAGACAUCAUGGCUUUUGCCAACAGUAAUUGGGUGGUACAGCUCUUCUUCGCCUUCCAAGACGAUCGCUACCUCUACAUGGUCAUGGAGUACAUGCCCGGUGGUGAUUUGGUAAACUUGAUGAGUAACUACGACGUCCCAGAGAAGUGGGCCCGUUUUUACACAGCUGAGGUGGUGCUGGCUCUUGAUGGAAUACACUCCAUGGGUUUCAUUCACAGGGACGUGAAGCCUGACAACAUGUUGCUGGACAAAGCAGGCCACCUAAAACUAGCAGACUUUGGAACAUGUAUGAAAAUGAACAAGGAUGGUAUGGUACGAUGUGACACAGCGGUUGGAACACCAGACUAUAUUUCGCCGGAGGUACUAAAAUCCCAAGGAGGAGAUGGCUAUUACGGCAGAGAGUGUGACUGGUGGUCGGUGGGCGUGUUUCUGUAUGAAAUGCUAGUUGGCGACACUCCUUUCUAUGCAGACUCAUUGGUGGGGACCUACAGCAAAAUUAUGAAUCACAAGAAUGCCCUGACCUUUCCUGAUGACAGCGACAUCUCCAACGAUGCAAAGAAUCUCAUCUGUGCUUUUCUGACGGACAGGGAAGUUCGACUUGGUCGUAAUGGUGUUGACGAGAUCAAGAGGCAUCCUUUCUUUAAGAAUGACCAGUGGACUUGGGAGAACAUCAGAGAGACGGCUGCUCCAGUAGUACCUGAACUGAGCAGUGACAUCGACACCAGUAACUUUGAUGAUAUUGAAGAAGACCGGGGAGAAGAAGAGACCUUCCCCAUACCAAAGGCCUUUGUUGGCAAUCAGCUUCCCUUUGUAGGCUUUACUUAUUACAGCAGUCAACACCUCAUGCGCAACUCAGACAGCACAACCGCCACAAAGACCAGUGACAAACGUAGCAGCUCAACAAAAGAAGACAAGAGUCAUCUGGAGAACCUGCAGAAAAGGAUCUACCAGCUGGAGGAGCAGCUCCACAGUGAGAUGCAGCAAAAAGAUGAGCUGGAACACAAGUGCAGGACUUCAAACACCAAGAUUGAGAAGAUCAUGAAAGAACUGGAUGAAGAGGCGAACAUGAGGAAAAGUGCAGAGACCAACAUGUCUCUCCUGGAGAAGGAGAAGCUCAUGCUGCAGCACAGAUUCGCAGAGUACCAAAGAAAAGCUGACCAGGAUGCAGAGAAGAGGCGCAAUUUGGAGAAUGAGGUGUCAACUUUAAAGGAACAGCUUGAAGAUUUGAGGAAGAUCAGCCAGAACUCGCAGGCCUCAAAUGAUAAGAUUUCCCAGCUGCAAAAUCAGCUGGAAGAGGCCAAUGACCUGCUGCGUUCAGAAUCUGACACAGCCGUGAGACUGAGGAAGACUCACGCAGAGAUGACCAAGUCAAUGAGCCAGCUGGAGAAUAUGAAUCGUGAGCUGCAGGAGAGGAUCCGUGCUGCAGACGGAGAGAAGGCGCAGCUGCAGAAGGAGCUCCUUCUUCUUCAGAGCACCCUGGACUCUGAGAGGAGAACCUUCGACCAGGACUCAGAGGAGAUCAAGGAGCUACAAGCGAGGAUGGCCACGCUACAAGAGGACAACAAAAACUUGGAGCUCAGCCUCUCCAAAAUGGAGGCAGAACGUAAACAGGCCCAGGAAAGGAACAAUAACCUAGAGAAGGAAAAGAACAGCCUGGAGAUUGACCUGAACUACAAGCUGAAGACUCUGCAGCAACGACUGGAGCAGGAGCAGACUGAGCACAGGGUGACACGGGCACAGCUCACUGACAAAUAUGAGUCUAUUGAAGAGGCCAAAUUAGCUGCCAUGAGUGCUGUUCAACAGAAGAUGUCAGAGGAGAAUGGAGCGAGAAUGCGAGCGGAGAGUCGGGUAGUGGAGGUGGAGAAGCAGUGCUCAAUGUUAGAGUUUGACCUCAAGCAAUCUGUGCAGAAGAUGGAGCAGCUGAUGAAGCAAAAGGAACGGCUGGAGGAUGAGGUGAAGAAUCUGCGGGGCCAGAACGAACAGGAGUCGAACAAGCGUGUUUUGACUCAAAACGACCUGAAGAGCCGCAUGCAAGAGGUGGAUCGUCUUAGGUGUUCAGAGAAGCAGCUCAAACAGGAGAUCAACACAGCACUAGAGAGUAAGCGCUCACUGGAGUUCCAACUGGCACAGCUGACCAAACAAUACAGAGGAAAUGAGGGACAGAUGAGGGAACUUCAAGACCAGCUUGAAGCCGAACAGUAUUUUUCUACACUUUACAAAACUCAGGUAAAGGAAUUAAAAGAAGAGAUUGAAGAGAAAAACCGGCAGGUACAAGAGACUCAUAAAAAGGUGCAGGAGUUGUGUAGCGAAAGGGACUCCCUAUCUGCGCAGCUGGAUCUGACGGUGACUAAGGCCGAGUCGGAGCAGCUGGCCCGGGCUCUUCAGGAAGAACAAUACUUUGAGCUCAGCCAGGAGAACAAGAAGGCUGUGACUAGACAUAAGCAGGAGCUUGGGGAGAAGGAGGCUACUAUUGCACGGCUUGAGGAAUCUUUUAAAACUCUCACCAAAGAUGUGGAAAACCUCAGUAAAGAGAAAACAGAGUUAAAUGAGAAGCUUCAGGCUCAGGAAGAAGAACAUGCAGCUUAUAAGGAGGAAAUUGCGAAUACAAUCAAAAACUUUGAGAAGGUCCUCACCACAGAGCGCACACUCAAGACACAGGCGGUGAACAAGUUGGCUGAGAUCAUGAAUCGCAAGGACAUGAAGCUGGACAGGAAGAAGAAGGACAGUGCUGCUGACCUGCGAAAGAAGGAGAAGGAGAACCGCAAGCUGCAGCUGGAGCUCAACCAGGAGAAGGAAAAGUUCAACCAGAUAGCCAUUAAAAAUCAGAAGGAGCUGAGCGAGAUGCAGGCGCAACUGGUAGAAGAGUCCACAUGGCGCAACGAGCUGCAGAUGCAGCUGGACAGCAAGGAGAGCGACAUCGAGCAGCUCCGAGAGAAGCUCAAUGACCUGCAGCAGCGCAUGGACAAUUCCAGUGUCACCAGUUUGCAGACAGAUGAAACAGACGGCAACACAGCAGAAUCAAGAUUGGAGGGUUGGCUCUCAAUUCCCAAUCGUGCUAAUAUCAAACGUUACGGAUGGAAGAAGCAGUAUGUGGUGGUGAGCAGAAAGAAGAUUCUGUUCUACAACGAUGAGCAAGACAAGGAACAGUCCAACCCUUCAAUGGUACUAGAUAUUGACAAACUAUUUCACGUGAGACCAGUCACACAAGGAGACGUGUACCGGGCUGAGACAGAAGAGAUUCCAAGGAUAUUCCAGAUUCUGUAUGCCAACGAGGGGGAGUGCAGGAAGGAGGCAGACAUGGAGACAGUCCCUCAAGGCGACAAGACCAACUGUCUCCCACACAAAGGCCACGAGUUCAUCCCCACACUAUAUCACUUCCCUUCCAACUGUGAGGCCUGCUCCAAGCCUCUGUGGCACGUCUUCAAGCCGCCUCCGGCCCUGGAGUGCCGCCGCUGCCACGUCAAGUGCCACAAGGACCACCUCGACAAAAAGGAGGACGUUAUUGCUCCUUGCAAAGUAAACUACGAUGUGACCUCUGCCCGGGACAUGCUCCUGUUGGCCCUGAGCCAAGAUGAGCAGAAGAAAUGGAUUGGUCACCUUGGAAAGAAGAUUCCCAAGACCCCACCAUCUACCUUUUCAAGAGCCUCUCCUCGAUCCAUGUCCACCCGCUCCGGACCAAACCAGUCCUUUCGCAGGAAUCCUAAAAGCAAUACAGGAAAACUGAGCCGAGCGCAAUCCAGUCUCCAAGCAGCAGACACAACAUCCAGCACUUGUUGACAGGAACUUCUUCACAAAGUGUUGGAUUUUUUUUUAGGAAAUUCUCUAGCGUAAAACUUGUCUAUUUAUUAAUUGUGUUACUGGAUGUUUCUAACACGAGACACUUCCUGGUUUGUAUGUUGGUUGGUUGACUCCUGGGCUCUUUCCAGUUGACACUUGGGACUUUUUCAUUUUUCUAAUAGACACUAAUGUGUUGGGUUCCGUAACUAACUUAUUACUUACUAUGAAGCUCUGAUUAGAAUGGUCCACAUAAAGAAUUUCUGUCAAAUAAGAUGGAAAGGUGUCAGUGGUGUUGCAGUGGUUGUCAUCUGUCUUUUUUGUUGUAUGUUGACUUAAGUAAGUGGGGUUACUAACUAAGUUAUUGUCAUUUUCUUUCUUUUACUGGACACCUGUCUCUGUUCUUUCUUUCAGCUAACCACCUGAACCAUUUGGAUUCUUUACUGGACUCUAAACUUUUCCUCAUCCUCAAAACGAGAGAAACCUGUAUUACAUUAAAAUAUAUUGGUAAAUAAGCAGCGCUGGAAAAAUAACGUGUAGCACACUUGGCAACAUGGACAUUGAGAGGCCUCACCGAAACCCCAACCAUCUCUCACCAUAUUUACACAUUCAAAAGGAAACUAUUAUUAGAGUCAACAAACUUGCAGCUCUGCGUUUCUACCAGAGGAGGGCACACUCAUCUUGAACUAAGGAAGGACAGUAGAGCAACAUCAAAUGUCAGGAGGACAUUCUGUUUCAUACUAUUUGACAGUUCUGAUGGAAACAUGAAGGUAAAAAAGGGGGUUUUGCUGGGACGCCUGCAAGUAUGUUUUCAGUUUAAGGUACUGCAUACAGGGAUUGAAGAUCUGCAGUGAGGUGUUUGUGUCUCAGGGGUGGAACAUCAAUAAAUGUUUUCUUAUUUCUUUCCCCAUCUUAGACACUCAAGCUAUGUUAGCAUACCUUUGUCUCCAGCUACAGUUGACUGAUGCCUUCAUUGUCUUUGGCCUUUUUGCCUUUUUAUUCUCAUCACUUUGAAAGUCACUUAUCAGGUUUGGGACAUAAGUAUUAGAUGUUUGAAUACUGAGUGAGGAGCAUGCAAGAUCGUCAUUUAAAUCUAUGCAUUAUUUUUAUUGUUAUAAUUAUUUUAAUGCUCCAAGCCAUAAGGAAUUUUCCGUUGUAAUGGCAUAUAGGAGUCCUAAACGUUUUUUUUUUUUUUUUUUUUUGCUUUGUUUAUUUGGUACAUUGUAAUAUUUUUGUAUUGUUUUGUAAUGUAUUGCCUUACAUUGAUUCAUAGAUAAGUGGUUCAAAAGGAAAACAUUAAGUUAACAGACGUAAAACUGCACUGUUUGAAUUGUAAAUUAUUUGUUAGAAGACUAAACAGGUGUAGCGUUUGGCCCACCUAGUGCCUUAACAUUUGGAUAUUGAUUUUACUGCCAUAUCUUUGGGUUGUUUUUGUUUUCCAAAAUGAGACAAAUCUUAACUCUUCCAUCAUUUAUUUUUUUUAAGAAAUCACCACCCAUCUGUGGUUUUAUCAGGAUUUACUUUCCGUGAUUGGAGUGUUUGAUAUAUGUAUAUAUAUAUAUCUCACACAUUAAAGAUUACCUCUUCGUGGACACAUUGCAAUAGUUAAAUAACAUGUCAAAACAAAGUUUCCAGAUUCGGUUCAUAUCAUAUUACAAAUUUCAGGAUGCUAUAAAGUGAGUCUACCUAUGUCAAUGAUUGUUCCUGUUUGAAGUAAUUUCUCUAACAUGGUAAUGGUCCCGUUAAUGCAAACCCCCUCCCCACCAAAGUGUAUAUAAUGAGAGAUGCAUAAGGAUUAUGGAAUACCUCCGCAAUCUUUGUAUUUGUAACGUUUUGUUCAGUUGAAAAAAAAAAGCACUGGAACUAUGAUCUACUCUUGUCUUGGAUAAUUUGCCUGGUUAAUUGCAUUGGAGUCCGCACUGAUGGAUAUGUCAAUAAACAUAUCUUUAUCAUUG